AGAAAACAAGAGCAGCAGUGGCAUCAUCCAUUCCACUGGACAAAGCGUCACGUGAUGCAUGGAGAGAGGCCGGCUAACAGGAGCAGUACGUGGUUCAAGAUAAAGAGGCAUCCAGAGGGCUAGCCGGCCGGCUCUUUCCUUAAACCAAAAACCAAGGUACCAUCACAUGCGCCAGCCACGGACAAUUCACCAUUGUCACCACGUGAUGCCGUCGCUGUCCUCGGAUUAAUCUGAGACCAACAUGCAGCAGCAGCUCGCACCUCUGUCUGUAAACGCAAACACCACUGUUAGCUGCUGCUUCGAUCUCCAAGUGAAGCUUCGUGGUAUCGUAGCUAGCAGCUGCAAAAUCUGCAUUGCCUGGCUCGGCCAAUGCAGAAGCUCCAGCUGGUCAACCCGACGGCGGUGUCGCUCCCGGCGGUCGUCAUCGUCCUCUUCAUCGUCACCACGCCCUACCGCCGUUCUUUCUUCGACGCCUACGGCCCCGCCGGCUUCGUCUCGAUCCCUUCCGGUUCUCGACUUCCUCCAGCCGCGAACACCGCUCCCGCCGUCGCCCGGGUGCCGCAUUCAUGCGACAUUUUCCGGGGCGAGUGGGUGCCGGACGACGGCGGUGCGCUGCCGUACUACACGAACCUCAGCUGCCCGGUGAUCCAGGAGCACCAGAACUGCAUGAAGUACGGCCGCCCGGACCUCGGGUUCCUCAGGUGGCGCUGGCGGCCGGCGGGGUGCGAGCUUCCCCGGUUCGACGCCGCGGGGUUCCUGGAUGUUAUGAGAGACCGGUCCAUGGCGUUCGUCGGGGACUCGCUGGCCAGGAACCACAUGCAGUCCCUCAUCUGCCUCCUGACCAAGGUGGAGUACCCCAAGGACAUCUCCACGACCCAAAACCAAGAAUUCAGGACGCUGCACUACGCGUCGCACAACUUCACCGUCUCCGUCUUCUGGUCGCCGUUCCUCGUGAAGGCGAACCUGUCCGACGCCGACCACGGCAGCGGCCGGCUGUGGAACCUGUACCUGGACGAGCCGGACGAGGCGUGGCUGCCGUUCGUGUCCGGCUCCGACUACGUGGUCAUCUCGGCGGCCAACUGGUUCACGAGGCCUUCCCUGUUCUACGAGUCCGGCCGCGUCGUCGCCUGCCACUACUGCCUCGUCCCGGGCGUGCCGGACCUCACGCUGCGGCACUCGCUGCGCGUCGCGUUCCGCACGGCGUUGCGUGCGGUCACGAGCCUGCCGGGGUUCAACGGGACGGCCAUCGUGCGGACGGUGUCGCCGACGUCGCACUUCGAGGGCGGGGAGUGGGACAAGGGCGGCGACUGCCGGCGGACGCGGCCGUUCGCGAGCAACGGGACAAGCGUGGCCGGGCUGGACCUCGACUUUUACACGGCGCAGGUGGAGGAGCUCGGCGCGGCGCGGGAGGCGGCCACGAGGACUGGGAGCGGCGCGAGGUUGAUGCUGAUGGACACGACGGCGGCGAUGGUGCUCCGGCCGGACGGGCACCCGAGCCGGUACGGGCACUGGGCGCACGAGAACGUGACGCUGUACAACGACUGCGUGCACUGGUGUCUGCCCGGCCCCAUCGACGUGUGGAACGAGAUGCUGCUCCAGAUGCUACUCGCAUGAUCCAUGCGUCUACCGUCUGUCCAUGUCGUGGUUGCUCAUUGUUCCGUUUUCUGAUGUAGGCUGUUACAAAAGACUUAGGCUUUAGCGUAGAAAUAGAUGACAAAGCAUUUGUCGUUUGUCACUUUGUUUACUCCAACAUAUGAAUGCCUUUGCGUUGUUGA